CCGGAAACCGUUCCCCGUGUGGUCUGACCUGGACCCGGCGUGUCCCGCCCACAGCAGGACUCUGUGUCGGUUUACUUUAAGUUUAAUUUGGACCAAAGUUGCCCCGAAGCUUCGGUCCCGAGUUAGCUCGGUGGAUUAGCCUCCCGGUUAGCUUAGCCCAGCUUCCCGCCGCUGCUCUCUGGACUCCAACAUGGAGGACAUGUACGUUAAACCCGGUAACCAGGAGCGGGGCUGGAACGACCCCCCCCAGUUCUCCUAUGGCCUUCAGAUGGCCCACGGACCACAGAGGAACCUCCUCAACAAGAGACCGCCUCCAGCGAUGACCUCAGGUGCAGGAGCCCCACCUGCAGCCCCUCCCUCCUGCAACCCUCUCGCACCACCUCCCUGUGCUGUAGCUCCGCCUCUGCUCAACCCAGCUGGACCUCCACCUGGUGCCGUGGCCACACCCCCUCCUCCUCAUCUGGGGCAAAUGAGGACUAAGAGAGAGGCUGCCAUCAGCCAAUCAGAGAGUGAGCCUGAAGUUGAGGGCGUGAUGUCAGUGCUGAACGGAGCGCUCGCUGCCUGCAGACGCGCUGUUAAAACUCAGGUGUGUAAUGAUGUGGCAAAGCGCCUUCACCUGAUGGAGGACAGCUGGAGGUCGGGUAGACUGAGCCUGCCUGUCAGGAGGCGCAUGGACACCCUGUCUGCGGAGUUACAGAAGGGUCGCUGGGACGCGGCUGAUGACAUCCAUCGCUCUCUUAUGGUUGACCAUGUGACUGAGGUUAGCCAAUGGAUGGUUGGUGUCAAACGACUCAUUGCUGAGACCCGAAAUCUGAGUCCAGAACUGCUAGAACCACUUCAGAAAGUGAGAGGGCCGGUCGAGGACUCCGCAGAACCUGUCCAAGAACCUGUCAAGAGUCCAGGAGAACUCCUGGACUCUUUACACCCAGUCCAAAAGGAGGAAGAACCAGACUCAGCAGAACCAGUCCAGGACCCCGUCUCUGAGUCCUAACUGUCCAGGACUCCUCUCUUUCACCAGGAUUUGCUGCUUUAAUUCUCACCAUCAUGUACUUAGUCUGGACUUUGGCCACUCCCAGCGGCUAAGCCUGGUAAUCUUGGAAUCUUGGGAUUUUGAACUUAAUCUUCCUGGACUGUAAUGGGAACUUUGGACCGUAAACAAAGUCGCCCCUGAUUCUGCUGCUUAAGCUCCUCCCACUGUAGCACCCUGCCAUGGUUCUGUUUCUCUGGCAUCUUUCUGGACUUGAGUCCAGCCCAGUGAAACCUGGUUUCAGGAUGAGUGUCCUGAUCAGGUGGAUCCUGUUUCUGUCUGAUGUGAGAAUAAAUCUGGUUUCUGUCCUCGA